GUUGAUUUCAUUUGCAACAUUUCACCACAUGAAUUCCCUCGACAUCACUCCUCUGGCGACUCUUCGUUCGCUUUGAGAUCACCGCCACGCGUCAGUCCGUCAGUUCUUGUUGUUAGCGAGUUGCCCUGAUCCGUCCUUGACACGAAUGCUUUGUCUCAAUCACCAACUCCGUCUUGCCGACAGCUCACCGUUCCCCGACUUUGUCUAUCCACCUGUCCCCAUUUCCUGCACCAACCUGAUCAAAUUUUUAUGACCGCCGCCCUCUAACUCUCCUUGCGUGUAGGCUGUCCGUGGUCACUGUCAGUCAGAAAGAGACGGGUACGGAAACACUCAACGCCAGUCGCAGAGCGUGGCCCUCAUCUCGGAGACUCUCUCCGCAUCUGCCUCUGCGUAAGUGCAGAGAGCGGAGAAUCCCAUAUCGACAAGUCACCAUUUCGGAUUUAUCUUGUCACCAUGCCUUGUUUCAAAGGGCUCGCUGUGAGCAUACACACGCCGAAUGGACCUAUUCCGGAGUAUUCGGUGCAAAAAGCCUCUCGACUCUCCAGGAUCAGCUCGUACAUCCCCGUGCCACCCGCCAAAAUUCCUGAUGACUCGACGACGGGCAAACCUGAACAGUCUACCUUCGCCAUCUCGAUUACACUCCUCACUCCCGGCCAAGAAGUUCCUUACUCCACCCCGAAAGCCACGUCUGAUCAUCCGAGCCCGAAACCAAAGUUGGUAGGCGAUUUCCCAGGCCACCCUGGUGCACGUGGAAGAAACGCUGGCACAAUUGGACCGUAUGUUCCUCUGACAACCUCACCCAACGAGACCAUCGCAGCCUACAUCUACUUCGACGGUCGAGCAAAGGAAGAGGUUGCGACACUGCUACGAAAGGGCGAGGAAACUUGGGUUAACAGUCGUUGGGUCAGUGUGCCGGAAAAAGAAGGCGGGGGCCUUGCCGAGCGAGAAUUCCUGUUCCGGGAAGUAGGUCUCGAGCGCUGGCUCAAUGGCUUGGAUCUUGACGGCAAGGAUGCGGCUGCGACCAUUGAGCGGCGAAGACAAAAGUUGGAGAAGAAGAUGGAAAAGAGGAGACGCAAGAGGAAAGAUGCCACCGGUAGCGACGAUGAGGCCAACGGAAGUUCCAAAGGGGCACGACGAAAGAGCACACUCCGAUACGGUGAGAAUGGCGAAUUGCAAGAUGUUUCAGAUGACGGCGGCUCUCUGAGUGACAGCGCAUCGUCCGAAGAAGACGACGAUCCUAUCCCAGAAGCCGCAGGUCAAAUCAAGGUUGCGCUCUUCCGAGUGCUGGCGUCUGGAGAGAUCAAGCGCGGAGAGUAUUCUCCUCAAUUCGAUGCUCACGAUGAUUCGGAAGGGUCAGGCACCGAAGCAGCAACGAAUGGUGAAGACAAGAGCCGAGCCGACGUUGAUCAUACCACCAGUUUUGCGAAACCGAAAACGUUAGAUCCCAAAACAAUCUCGACACAGACCGUCACUGGUAUUGAUCCUACCGAUAAACCCUAUGCCGUCUUCACAUUCCUGUACCGAGGUGAACGUCAAUUACAGAAAAUGGGCAUCUUACAGGCGCCAAAGUCAGACAAAACGCCGUCAAGUGCAAAGAGACGUAGCAUAGCGGUCGAGUUACCCAAGUUGGGCCCUCUGAAGAAAGAAGGUACUGCUGGAUUCUCUGGAUUCCGAGAUACCGAAGCACGACGAACCCGGAAAGGCAAACGAGGCAGUGAUGACGAGAUGGAUAGCGACAGUGAGGAUGAAGGUGGCAUCGUCGGCAAGAUGGAAGACAUUAACGAUGCGGAUGUCAAGCGAGAGCCAGGGCUGCUUGCGCCCGAGGAUGCCGAGCGCACGGGACAGGUGGCGGAGGGAAUUCGCAAGAUGAAGCUCAAGAGGCAGCACUCGGCGGAACCGUUGAAUAGUAACGGGACUACUGAAGCCCGCAAGAGCUCCAAAUCCGGUAGUCCCUCAACGGCGUCAACCCCUAAAAUUGGAACCGACGAGCUGGGCACCUCUCCUGGCACCUCUACUUUGGGCAACGGAGCAGGCCAAAGCCUAAAGUCAGAAGACGAAAGCUUCAUGGUUGGAAGUCCGAUGAAGAGACAACGAGCUAGUGUCGCAGAAUUCGACGCUGAUAUUCAAGGUCGACUGAUGGGUGGCGUCCCAGCAUCUGCGGCUACGAUUGGUGAAGCACUGGGCUCUUCUGGCGCAGCUCAAGCCGCGAGCGAGGGCUCCAAUCCCUCUGGUCUGCAAUUUGGCGGCGCAUUGCAGAAACCUUCCGCUAUGGACGAAGACGAAGAAUUGUAAUGGAGUCAGGGGGCAUUUUGGGACCACCUUGUUGCAUACCGGCCGGUAUACAUGGAGCCCUCUCUGCAUUUACGUCAGCCGUCCUUCUUGACCCGGGUUACCGAUACUGAAAAUGGAGACUGGCCACAUGCCUUGCAUAAAUGGAGUUUGGAAAACCAUGCAUGCCAACUUAUUUUCACAGAAGCACAAACGGCGCUCAUUGUUUAGUGCCAGUGCUUGUCAGAUAUGGACCUACGGAAUGGCCGAUUGAUCCAAGUUUUUUCUUUGUUGAAACGAAACCAGAAACACAAAGCUAGAAGACCCGCGUUGCAUAGACACGGGGUGGCAUGCUGCUUUUACGACCAGCCAUGGCAAGAGUGCAGGAGGGCGAGCGAUCCGAAGGCCGAACUGCUUCGAGUCGAGGAGGUGGCAUGUAUGAGACGAGAUUCCAGCUGCCGAUGACUGGAGCGAUCGCAGCAGAGGGCUUCACUGUACCUAUUUUCACACGCUCUACGCUCGAUGCGAUUAUGAAUCGAGAUUCGAAACAAUACAAGAAAUCAUUGAACAUGUCAUGUAGUUGUC